AUGGGGGAUACUCGAGUGUCGGAGGAGCAUACCAGUCAUCAAUCGGAAGCCUCCACCUCUAGUCGUGGAGAACCAUCUGCCGAACCCUCUUCCCGCCCUAGGGUGUCCGUAGUAUACCCCAACAACCCUAGGGUACCCAUAGGCGUGCCGAAGGAGCAUUUGUUCGACGUCGAUUACUUGGAGCCGAAUAAGAUCACCGAACGGGAGAUAGCUAAGUAUCGCGCCGAGUUCUUCAUCCUGAAUUCGGUAAGGAUGAGGAUCCCGGGUCCUACCAAAUCCCUCAGCAAACCGAAGGACGGCGAAGUCGUCUUUUUCACCGACGUCCUUCUGCAGGGGGUCCGGUUGCCGUUGCAACCUGCCGUGCAAAAGAUCCAAGCCCAAAUUGCGUAUGCUCCCGGACAAUACAACCCUAACUUCUAG